GGACCCAAAACAAUGAAACACAACUCGGAAAUGAACUUCUGCCGAACAACAGCUUACCGAAUGCGAUAUCGCUGGAAGUAAUAUAAUAACGCAGUAUAAUAACGCAGUAUAAUAACGCGUAUUUAAUAGAAGCCAGCAGGCAUCGCAAGCGCCCGGCAACAGCGCUGCACAGUUUAAACAGCUUGCAAAGCUCAAGGCGCCGUCAGAACACGUCUUGAAAAACAAACAGUGAAGGCGCAGCACACAGGGGACUUGAAAACAUAGCAAGAAAAAAACAAACCAAAACCGUUUGAAAAUGCACAGGAGAGGUGUUGGUGCCGGGGCGAUUGCGAAGAAGAAGCUUGCCGAGGCGAAAUAUAAAGAAAGGGGGACAGUUCUUGCAGAAGAUCAGCUCGCACAGAUGUCGAAGCAGCUGGAGACCUUUAAGACGCACCUGGAGGAGUUUGCAAGCAAACACAAGCAGGAGAUCCGGAAGAGCGCCCAGUUCAGAGUGCAGUUCCAGGACAUGUGUGCCACCAUUGGGGUCGAUCCGCUGGCUUCUGGGAAGGGCUUCUGGUCGGAGAUGCUGGGAGUGGGAGAUUUCUACUAUGAGCUGGGAGUUCAGAUCAUUGAGGUGUGCCUGGCGCUCAAGCACAGGAACGGAGGGCUGAUCACUUUGGAGGAACUCCACCAGAGGGUGCUAAAGGGACGUGGCAAGUUCGCUCAGGACGUCAGUCAGGAUGAUCUGAUUCGGGCCAUCAAGAAGCUCAAGGCGAUGGGGAACGGCUUCGGGAUAAUCCCAGUGGGCGGAACCUACCUCGUCCAGUCCGUCCCGGCAGAACUAAACAUGGACCACACUGUUGUCCUGCAGCUCGCUGAGAAGAAAGGCUUCGUGACGGUGAGCGAGAUCAAGUCCAGUCUGAAGUGGGAGACUGAGCGGACCUGCCAUGUGCUGGAUGACCUGCUGAAGGAGGGUCUGGCUUGGCUGGACGGCCAAGCCGCGGGGGAGCCCCAGUACUGGCUACCGGCCCUGUUCUCUGAGCUCUACUCCCAGGACGUGACCCCCGAGGAGGCCAGCGAGAUGGUGCCCUGAGCAGAGGGGUGUGGGAGAACCCAGAGCUGCCCUGUAACCACACCGAACACAGAGAAACCCAGCAUGGGCUGAACCAUUUACAGCAUCAUCCAUCCUCCCCACCUGUUUGAGGAGAGGCUACUUUUGUAAUUUCAUUUGGAGAAUUUGUCAACUGGCAUCAUCUAACCUGUUAUUUCAAUGAUUUUGUUGUUAUGAUAAACUUUACUGUAAUUUUGUUAACCGAAAAACUGAAGUCUAACUGUAAACGUCUCUAAUUACACGAAUGAAUACA